UUUAAUUCUAAAUAAAUUUCAACAAAUUUUGAAAAUUGAGGCACAAGUUAUGACCCAUCAAAGUUCACAAAAAAACCAGUUUUUACCAAAAUUCACAAGAUUCUCAAUUUUCCAAUUUUCACAACCAAGACCAACCAAAACCACAUUAACUCCAUCCCACCUCAAAUUUUACCAUUUUUCAUACCUCACUUUACCACUCCACCUUAUGCAAUCAUCAAUUCCCAUUAUCAAAUACAUAAUAAUACAUUCAUAUUUCAACCAACAUAUUAAUCAAAUAUCAUUCCACCAUUACCAACAAUCGUCAUAAUCAAUUUCAACCUCAACCUUCAAUACCAUACUAUCAACAUCAACAUUUCAAUUCAUCAACAACCCAAAUAAUCAAAUUAUCAUACAUCAUCAUACAACAAUUCCAACAACCAAUUUAAUUCAAUCAUAUCCUAUGGGUCACUAGCCUAAGCGUCAAGAAAUAUUAUAUAUUACAUAGAGGAAACCAAAAUCAUACCUUGGCCGAUUCCCAAUAUAUACCAAAACCCCAAUUGAGCACGAUUCAAGCUUCUAACCACAAUCCAAGCCACCAAUCAACUCCAACAAGCAUCAACAAUUACUCCAAAACUCCAAUUAAGUGCCAACAGUCACAAUCUCAAUCUAUAUACACAUAAUUUACAACAAUUCAACCUAGGAUUCAUCAAAUCCACCAAACCACAAGAGAGUUGAAGUGCUCACCUUACCCAAUGAUGAUUGGAGUAAAACCCAAUAGAAAUCAAGUGCUAGAGUGUACCUAAACACCCAAAAUCACAAAAUUUUACUCAACACAAAGCCCUAAAUUUCGAAAUUUUGGAAGGAAGAACUGAGAGAAAUUUUGUGAUUUUCUUACCAUUUUCUUGGGUGAAUUUUGUAGAGCUCUUCACGAAGAUCGCGUGGCCGCAAACGGUGCUGCGAUCGGAGCUCUGUAACUCAUGUUAUGAGCUUGGGAAGUUGAUGAUGAAUAGUGUUAAUGGGGUUUCUCUCCUUCUUCCGCUUUUCAACUAGUGUGUGUUCGGGUUCGUGUUGCUACUGUUGUUCGCGUUCUAUUGCUGCUGCUAUUCGCGUUGAUAGUUGCAAUUGUACUUCUAUGCAAAGUUUUUAGAAACUGGAUGAAAAAUUAGCUGUGGAAAAAUGUACAUAGAAACUCAUAAGAAAAAAGAUGGGUCGUUUGUGACUGAUGAAGCAAGAAAUAUAGCGAAACAAAUUGAAGUACUUAUUGCUCAAAAUGAGAAAAAUGAAUCUGGACCAUCCACAAAUGAUGCUAUUGGCAAAGUGUUUAGAGAGGAGCAUUCUGGUAGGGUGCGAUGCAUGGGAAUGGGAGCAACACCUACUAAUACUUUCAGAAAUGCCAAUCAUCCUAGCCAGUUAGCUAAUUCUUCAACUUCAAUGUCAUCUACUGCCAAUUACUUCCAAGCUGAUUUUAAACGUUUGGAGUCUAAAUUUGAUGGGACAUUGACUACAUUCAAGGCUUAUUUUCUUGCUAAAGAAGGAAGAAUUCCUGUUGAACUUACUAGUAUAUUUGACCAUGGAGCUCAGGCUAAUGAUGUUGAGAACAAAAUUAUUACACCGACAAAGGAAGAACAUCAUCAGACGGAAGCAAUGAAAAUCGUGAAGACAUUGUUUAGUAUUGUUUUAAAGAUUGAUUAGUUGUUUAUUGUUGCACAUUUGUUAGGGUAUUAUGUUGCAUUUUUUUACUAAACAAACUUAUUCAAGUAGUGAACUUAUUAGUGG